CGAUUUCACGUGGUGUCAUAUCACCCGACUGUGUGUGCCGCAGACCGGCAUUUGGUGUUGUGUUGGUAGAUAGGUUAAAAGAGAAAAACGGGAAUAUCACAUCAGAUAAAAGUAUUGAAUCAUUUCUGAUAUGAUAUAUACUAUAUAAAAUCCCACUAUUUUGGAAAUCGAUAAUUAAUCGGUAUUAAGUGUUUAAACGAAGCGGAUCGAUCGAGAAAAAAGAUCAAAAUGCCAGCACAGUCAGAAACCACAACAUUGUAUCCUUCAGAAACUACAGUGAAAAGUUAUAAAAUGCCCAAAUGGGAUGUCACGGAAAAUAUUGUGAUAAGUGGAAUGGCAGGAAAAUUUCCUGAAUCUGAUAACAUGAAUGAAUUGUGGGAUAAUUUAAUGAAUAAGGUAGAUAUGGUUACAGCUGAUGAAAGAAGAUGGGAAAUGGGUUUAUAUGGAUUGCCUUCAAGACUGGGAAAAUUAAAAGAUUUAACAAGAUUUGAUUCAACAUUUUUCGGAGUCCAUCCCAAACAAGCACAGUUUAUGGAUCCACAACUCAGAAUUCUACUUGAAGUAACUUAUGAAGCAAUUGUUGAUGCUGGAUAUGAUCCAGAUGAAUUAAGAAAUUCCAGAACAGGUGUUUUUGUUGGAGUAUGUUCUUCAGAGAGUAAUGACUUUUUUGCUGGCGAUAUAUCAGAAGUCAAUGGUUAUGCUCUUACUGGAUGUUCAUUUUCAAUGUUUGCAAAUCGUAUAUCAUUCACUUUUGACUUUAAAGGUCCAAGUUUUGCUAUGGACACAGCUUGCUCAUCAAGUCUUUUUGCAAUGCAACAAGCAGUCUUAGCAAUUAGAAGCAAUCAGUGUGAUGCUGCUGUGGUAGCAGGAUGCAAUAUUUGUAUUAGACCAGCCACAUCUUUACAUUUCUUCAAAUUAAAUAUGUUGUCUUUAGAUGGAACCUGUAAAGCAUUUGAUGCUUCUGCAAAUGGAUAUUGCCGAUCAGAAACAAUAGGAGUUGCAUUUUUACAGCGUGAAAGUAAAGCAAGAAGAAUAUAUGCUAUAGUUUCUCAUGUUAAGACAAAUACUGAUGGAUCAAAAUCUGAAGGGAUAACAUUUCCAUCUCAAUCUGUACAAACUGAAUUAAUGAAAGCUGUAUAUGAAGAAUCUGAAAUUGAUCCAUUAAAAGUAUGCUAUGUUGAAGCUCAUGGAACAGGUACUAAAGCUGGUGAUCCAGUAGAAAUAGCUGCAAUUUCAAAUAUAUUUUGUAAAGGAAGACAGCGUCCCCUUCUUAUUGGUUCUGUAAAAGCUAGUAUUGGUCAUGCAGAACCUGCAUCAGGUGUUGGUGCAUUGGCCAAACUUACAAUGGCAUUAGAUAAUGGAAUUAUUCCUCCUAAUAUACAUUACUCAACUCCUAACCCUGAUAUUGUUUCAUUGGUAGAAGGUAGAGUUAAAGUUGUCACUGAACCAACUCCCCUUGACACAGAAUAUGUUGCUUUGAAUAGCUUUGGAUUUGGUGGAGUUAAUGUUCAUGUCUUGUUAAGAGCCAAUCCUCGCCUACCAAAAUAUGAAGAAAUAAAAUUACCACAGCUUGUACUCUGUUGUGAUAGAGCAGAGGGUGGUGUAUCUUCAUUGUUAAAUUAUCUUGAAAAUACUAAAGUACCAUCUGAAACAUAUGGUUUUAUACAAAACUUAUCAAAACGUGCAUCAAUGAUGUAUAGAGGAUUUACCUUAUUAAAAGAAGGCCCCAAAAAAGUUUCAAGUGAAAUAAAAAAAAUAUCUUCAGAAAAACGACCAGUUUGGUUUAUAUUCUCUGGCAUGGGAACUCAAUGGCCUGGUAUGGGCAAAGAUCUUCUUAAACUAAAACCAUUUGCUAAAUCCAUUCAACACUCUGAAGAAAUACUUAAACCAUUUGGCAUUGACUUAAUGCAAAUAUUAACAAAACCUGCAGUGGAAAGUAGCAAUAAAAGAGAAAUUAUAUCGUCGUUUGUUGCCAUUGCUGCAAUUCAAGUGGCAUUAGUUGAUACUUUAAGGGAAUUAGGUGUAACUCCUGAUGGUAUUGUUGGUCAUUCAGUAGGAGAACUAGGUUGUGCAUAUGCUGAUGGUUGCUUUACUGCUGAACAAAUGAUAUUAUCAGCUUACUGGAGAGGAAGAUGUGUUGAAGAAGCUAAUUUAAUUGCUGGUUCAAUGGCAGCUGUUGGUUUGACUUGGGAAGAAACUAAAAAGCGAUGUCCUGAAGGAGUACUUCCAGCCUGCCACAAUUCUGAAGAUACUAUAACUGUCAGUGGCCCUACUGAUAAGAUUGGUGCUUUUGUCAAGCAGAUGCAAGCUGAAAAUAUAUUUAUAAGAGAAGUAGAUAGUUGUGGAUAUGCUUUUCAUAGUUGUUACAUUAAUCCUGCAGCUCCUGGCUUACAAAGAGCUUUAGAAAAAAUUAUUCCAAAUCCGAAACCACGCACACAACGCUGGAUUAGUUCCUCUAUUCCAGAAAGCAAUUGGGAUACUCCAAUUGCCAAGCUAUGUUCUGCAGCUUAUUUAGUUAAUAAUUUGGUAUCUCCAGUAUUGUUUAGAGAGGCACUGGCUCAUGUUCCAGCAAAUGCUAUAGUUAUUGAAAUUGCUCCACACUGUUUGUUGCAAGCUAUUUUGAAAAGAAGUCUUAAUGCAAACUGUGCUUUUAUAGGAUUAAUGAAUAAAAAGGAAAAAGAUAAUCUGGACUAUUUCUUAUCUUCAGUUGGAAAAAUGUAUACCGCUGGUAUAAAUCCUACUAUUGAAAAAUUUUAUCCUGAAGUUAAUUAUCCAGUGUCAAGAGGUGUACCAAAAUUGUCACCAUUUAUACAAUGGGACCAUUCACAAGAAUGGAGAACUGCUUUAUGGAAAGAUCGUCCGGAAAGAUCAGCUGGAGAAUUUGUUACAGAAAUUGAUAUAUCUAAUCCAGAAUCUCCUGAUUAUUUCAUGAUUGGACAUUGUAUUGACAAGCGUGUUUUGUUCCCAGCAACUGGUUAUCUUGUUCUUGCAUGGAAGGCUUUGGCUAAACGUAAAAAUCAACUAAUUUCUCAAACAGCAGUUGAAAUUGAAAAUUAUUCUAUACAUAGAGCAACCAUACUAUCUAAGACAGGAAAAACCAAAUUUACAGUAAAUAUCAUGGAUAUUACUGGUGAAUUUGAAGUGUGUGAAAGUGGAACUGUUGCAGCAAGUGGCAUCAUUAGGCUUCUUGAUCAACCACUAAAUAUUGAUGAUGAAAGACUUACAACUGAUAUUGAUAAAACAUCAAAUAUUGUACUUGACAAAAAAGAUGUUUAUAAAGAACUAAGAUUAAGAGGUUAUGACUACGGACCUACUUUUCAAGGCAUAAUAGAAUCACAAAGUAAUGGUGAAAAAGCAAGAUUAAAUUGGUCAGAAAAUUGGGAAGUAUUUUUAGACAAUAUGCUCCAAGUCUCAAUAUUGAGUGAAGCCAGACGAGUAUUAGUAUUACCAACAAGAAUACAGUCAAUCAAAAUUGAUCCCAAGUAUCAUCAAAAUACAAUCACAGAAGAAGGAAUUCCUUUGGUAUACGACAAAUAUGUAAAUGAAUGUAUUGCUGGAGGAGUUGUAUUGAAAGGAUUGAAAGCUAGUCUUGCCCCAAGACGUCAAGAUGUACAAAAUCCACCUCUUCUGGAAGAAUAUCGUUUUAUACCUAAUAAUGAAACAUGCAUAUUGAGCAAACAUGAAAAGAAUGAAAUUGAACAGUACAUAGAAGUGUGUUCAGCACUUUCAAAAAAGAUAUUAGAAGCCAGUGGGAAAAAUAAGGCCCAGAUUUCAGAUGUUAUGAAUGGCUUUAAGGAAGCAUCUGAUAAAGUUUUGAAAGAUUAUUUAUCACUAACCAAAGAAUCAUUUAUUGUUCUUAAUAGCUUAAAAGAAAUAUCAGAAUUACCAGUCAACAAAAGUUUCCAAGAAAAUUUAAAUAAUAUAGUAAAACAAUUACAAUUAUCAAUUGGUAAUGAUAUUGUAUCUACAACUAUGCUAAGUGAGAGAGUUUUGAGAACAGCUCUUGAUAUAACUGUAGAAAAUUUACUGACAAGAAAAUUGAAAGUUCUUGAAGUUAGUUCUUCGUCUCAGUUCAUAAGCAAAAAAGUUCAAUCAUACUUACUUAAUUUUAAUGUUCUUUUGAAUGUUGAUUAUACUAUCACUUGUCCUGCAUCUGAUCAAACUGAAGAAGGAAGUAAAAUUAUAACGUGGGACUUAGAAUCAACUCCACCAAAUGAAUUUUCAAAUUUUGACCUAGUUAUUGCAAAAGAUGUCUGUGGAAAAUAUAACUUUCAACAAUUGUUAGAAAAUAUGACAUCUUUCCUAAGAAGUGGUGGGUUUGUAUUGUUAAUUCAAAGAACUGAUCUAACUCCUGCUGAAAAGUUUCUCUCUGCAGUUGGAGGUUUAACAUUAUCAUUAAAAUCACAAGAAGAAAUAGAAAGUACUUUAAAAACAGCUGGGCUUUCAGUUAUUUGCAAAAAGUUUGAUGGAAUUGCAUCUAAAUUAUAUCUUGCACGUAAAAAUGAUUCACUUAAGGAUGUCAACACACAUUCCAUCAUAAAGAUUGUAGAUGGGAAAUAUGAUUGGGUUGAAAACUUGAAAGAAACAUUAUAUAAACAAGAAUCUGAAUCUCCUGUUUGGUUAGUAGCAGAAGAUAGUAAUACCAAUGGAAUUGUAGGUUUGAUGAAUUGUUUAAGACAAGAAAUGGGUGGAGUAAGAUUGAGAUGCAUUUUUAAUGCAAGCAAACAGAAAUUGCCACCCUUCAGUUUUAAUGAUUCAGUUUAUAAGGAUUUACCACAGAAAGAUCUUGCAAUGAAUNCUGAAUAGAAUAUUAAGAUUCAUUCAGAACAGUCUAUUAUGGCAGAACAUGCUUUUGUUAACGUUAUCACACGUGGUGAUUUAUCUAGUUUAAGAUGGUUUGAAUCUCCUUUAAAUUAUUGGAAGGAAGAAUUACGGAGCACUCUAAAAGAAAAAAUAUGCCAUGUAUAUUAUGCAUCUUUAAAUUUCCGUGACAUUAUGUUGGCAACUGGCAAACUUCCUCCUGAUGCCAUUCCAGGUGAUUUGGCUACUCAGGAUUGUCUUCUUGGUUUUGAAUUUUCUGGUCGUGACAGUAGAGGAAAUCGUAUAAUGGGUCUCAGUGAAUCCAAGGGUCUUGCAACAACAGUAUUAAUGGAUUCUUCCUUUAUAUGGUCUGUGCCAGAACAUUGGACAUUAGAAGAAGCUAGUUCAGUUCCUGUUGUUUAUUCAACUGCAUAUUAUGCCUUGGUUGUUCGAGGAAACAUCAAAAAAGGAGAAAGCAUUCUUAUCCAUUCUGGAAGUGGAGGUGUUGGCCAAGCUGCAAUUUCCAUUGCAUUAGGAUAUGGUUGUGAAGUUUACACUACUGUUGGCUCUGUUGAGAAAAAGAAUUUCCUCAAGCAGAGAUUCCCACAAUUGAAGGAUCACAAUUUCAGUAAUUCAAGAGAUUUAUCCUUUGAAAAGCAUAUAAUGACAGUUACAAAAGGAAGAGGUGUUGAUUUGGUCUUAAAUUCACUGGCUGAAGAAAAACUGCAAGCUAGUGUUAGAUGUUUGGCACAACAUGGUCGAUUCUUGGAAAUUGGAAAGUACGAUCUUUCUAAGAACAGUGAAUUAGGUAUGGCUAUAUUUCUGAAGAACGUUAGUUUUCAUGGAAUUUUGCUUGAUAUAUUGAUGGCUGAGAAUUUGACACCUGCAACAUUUGAGCAUAAAAUGCAAGUAGUAAGUUUAGUCAAUGAAGGAAUUAAGUCUGGAGUUGUGCAGCCAUUAAAAACAACAGUGUUUGAUCAGACAAAAGUUGAAGAUGCUUUCCGUUUCAUGGCAAGUGGCCGUCAUAUUGGAAAAGUAGUGAUAAAGGUAAGAGAUGAAGAACGUCAAAGUGUUAUUGUUCCAAAACCAAUGAAAAUGCCUGUCUUGCCUCGCACAACAUGUUAUCCAAAUAAAGUGUAUAUAAUUUGUGGAGGUCUUGGAGGUUUUGGCUUAGAAUUAGCAGCUUGGUUGAUAAUUAGAGGUGCUAAGCAUAUACUUCUAACUUCUCGCUCUGGAGUACAAAGUGGUUAUCAACAGUAUCGUAUAAAAGUUUGGAAAGAACAGGGAGUGAAUAUAAUUAUUUCCAGUUUAGAUGCAUCUAAAUAUUCUCAGGCAACUGAACUUUUAGAAUUAGCCAACAAACAUGGGCCCGUUGGUGGAAUUUUCAAUCUGGCAAUGGUUCUUAGAGAUGCAAUGUUGGAAAAUCAAAAUGAAGAAAACUUUAUCAAAGUUACUCAACCAAAAGUCUUAGGAACUUAUAACCUAGAUAAAGCAUCAAGAAAACUUUGUCCUAAAUUAAACUGGUUUGUUGUAUUUUCAUCAGUCAGUUGUGGUCGUGGUAAUGCAGGCCAGAGUAAUUACGGUUAUGCAAAUUCAGUGAUGGAAAGGAUAUGUGAAGAAAGAAAUAAAGAUGGUUUACCAGGUUUGGCCAUUCAAUGGGGUGCAAUUGGAGAUGUAGGAGUUAUAUUGGAAACAAUGGGAGGAAAUGAUGUAGUGAUAGGUGGUACACUACCUCAGAGAAUAAAUUCAUGCCUCAUCACACUAGAUACAUUCCUUCAGCAAAAGUAUCCUGUUGUAUCCAGUAUGGUACCUGCUGAACGUAAAGUGAAAAAACAAGGCAACAAGCAAAAUCUUUUGCAGAGUAUUUCUCAUAUACUUGGAAUCCAAGAUCCAAAUACACUAGAUUCAGCUAUAACAUUAGGUGAAUUGGGUAUGGAUUCUUUAAUGGGUGUAGAAGUCAAACAGACACUAGAAAGAGAUUAUGAAAUUAACCUAUCAAUGCAGGAAAUCAGAUCUUUAAGUCUGAAAAAACUUCAAGAGUUAGGAGGUCAGGAGUCAAAUGCUUUUAAAGAUGAUUCAUCAAAAGUAGAAAAACGUACAAGUGAUGUGAUAUACAAAAAUUGGAAGCUGUUAAUGCCAAAGGAGAUUAUUGUUAAUAUGAACAAUAAAACAGAAGGAACUCCACUAAUCAUCAUACAUUCCAUAGAAGGAGUUGUCACAGAUCUGAUGUCAGUAACUCAGGAAUUAUCUUGUCCCGUUUAUGGUUUUCAAUGUACUACAGAUGUGCCACAAUCUAGUUGUCAAGAUACAGCAAAUUACUAUUUAGAUUUAAUAAAAACCAAAAUACAAUCUAAAGGGCCAUACUUCAUAUUGGGUUAUUCAUUUGGUACAGCUAUUGCUUUUGAAAUAGCUAUCAGGUUACAGCAAAAUAAAGAUAAAGUACAAAAACUAUUUUUCUUGGAUGGCAGUCCAGCUUUAGUAACAUCAUAUACCAAGAAGCACGAAUCAAGAUUAAAUGAUGACAGCAUGAAGUUUGCCGAAGCAAUGUAUUCAUUCAUUCAACAAUAUGUACGUGUAUCAGACAAAUUAAAGUUGAUUCAGCAGCUAAUAAAUUUACCUUCACACAAAGAGAGGUUGCAGUACACAGUUGAAGUAAUGACAUCACUGUCUGAAUUUAAGGAUAGUGAAGAUGUUGCAAAAGCUGCAGAUUCCUAUUAUAAAAAAUUACUCUGUGCAAACAACUACAAAUGCACAGGGAAAUUCAAAGGAAAUGCCAUACUUAUCAAAGCAUCAGAAGGUUUAUUUAUUACUUCUGAAAUAGGAGAGGAAUUAGGUGUGAGGAAGUUCAUUGAUGGAAACCUAAACGUCCACACGGUCAAAGGCAACCAUGUCACUUUCCUAAAGAAUCACAGUGGGUCCAAAGUAGCAACCAUCAUCAAUGAAGAGAUGAACAAGCAGUAGCUGUGAUCUGAUAAAUUACAAUUAUCUAGUUGUUUCUUUUUUAGUAUUAUGUAUUGUGGAAAAAUUGUAUCUUCAGUUUUAAUUUAUAUUUUGGCUAUCAAUUGCAUUACUUUUGAUAGCAGUCUCUCUCUCAUAAUAUAUAUUAUUAUAUAUACAUAUAAAUAUACAAAAAAAAACACACUGAAAACAGCAUUAAACUGACCUAAAAUUUGAACAUUUUAAAAUACCAAAACAGCAACAUUUUAAAGUGUUUGUAUGACAACUUUAAAGAUACAAAUUUUUUAUUUUUCCCAAAAGAUUUGAAUACUCGAAUAAAAAAGAAAAAGGGACAUUCCAGUAACAUUGCAUUUGAUCUCUCCAAAAUUGCAUCAUUUUUGCAAUGAAUUUAUAUUUGUGAUAUAAUUUUUCUCUAUAGAAUUAUAUAUACAUAUAUUUUUUAUUUAGAAAUGUUGUAUGUGUAAUAUGAUGUAAGUAUUAUUAGACCAUGCGGUUGGGAAAAUUGUACUGGUAAAUGAGUAUCAGUAUAAUAAAACAGUUUACAAAAACGA